UCGCAGUCGACGUUCAGCAAGUAAGACGUAUCGAUUUUAACUGAACGAACUCGCGUAAACUAAAUGAUUUAAUCGAAAGACUUAGAAAAAUUUCGCGCGACAGCUAAAAAAUGUUAUGAUUUAAAAUAGACCUAAACCGAUUUUAAAAUGUUUUGGGUAGUUGUUUUUAGUGUUUUUGUGACGGUUUUCGGUAGAAGUCUUACGAAUAUGGACUCUACUCCGAGAGGUUGUGAGUGGCAAAUGCAACAAAUCGACAUCAACGACAGUGGAGAAGAACCAGUGCUUUAUUGUCAAAUUAGGACCAUCAACAGUGUCGAGUUUUUAGUGCGAAAUUUAUCACAAACUGAAUCCGAUAGAAUUUCAGUUCUUAUGCUUGAAUGUAACGAUGUUUUAUUUUUCGAAAGUUCUUUCGAAACUGCUCGACAAGGAAGUUUUCUUUCGUCGCUGAAGCAACUUAAAGAUCUCAGAGUUGAAAAUUGUAAGAUUCGUAAUAUUCCAGCUACAGCUUUUUCACAAAUUCGCCACCUGAGAAGACUAUCGUUAAGAUCACACAAUUCGGAGUGGUCAGCAAUGAACUUGGAACUUCAUCCUGAAAGUUUCAGAGGACUAAGUGACCUACGAUAUUUAAAUUUAGCUGAUAAUAAUAUUUGGAGUACUCCUGAAGAACUGUUUUGUCCGCUGUAUAGUUUAACAAAUUUAAAUUUGACUAGGAAUAAAUUGCAAAAUGCUUCCGCUCUAGGGUUCUCUGACUGGGGUAGUGGCCCUUUAGCACCUGGACGAGCAUGUGUGAGCGGUUUAGAACUAUUAGACUUAUCAUACAACGAUAUUAUUUCACUAUCAGAUAAUGGAUUUUCGGCCUUACGAUCUUUAGAAGAACUGCAUCUGGAAAAUAAUGCCAUAUCAACUUUAGGAGACAGAGCCUUUGUGGGUUUAACAGCAUUAACAUCUCUAAACUUAUCAAGUAAUUGUUUAGUAGCUUUACCUCCAGAACUUUUCCAAUCAUCCAGAGAAUUAAAACACCUUUAUUUACACAACAACUCCUUAAGUGUUCUAGCUCCAGGGCUGUUAGAAGGUUUAGAUCAGUUACAAGUAUUAGAUCUAUCUUACAACGAGCUUACAAGUCGGUGGGUUAAAAGAGAUACUUUCGCUGGAUUAGUUAGAUUGGUAGUAUUGAAUUUGGCUAAUAACCAACUAACGAAAAUCGAUAAUAUGUUAUUUAAAGAUUUGUACACUUUGCAAAUUUUAAAUUUGGAACAUAAUACUAUUAAUUCCAUAGCUGAAGGUGCAUUUCUUGAGCUUAAAAAUUUACACGCUUUAAUUUUAUCCUUCAAUGCGAUUACUCGUAUAGAAUCAUAUCAUUUUUCUGGAAUGUACGCGCUAAACCAACUACUGCUGGAUUCUAAUGAAAUCGAAUACAUCCACCCGAAAACGUUCGAGAACGUGACAAAUUUGCAAGAUUUGGGACUGAAUGGUAACGUUUUGGGAAUGGUACCUGUGGGCAUUGGGCAAUUGCGAUUUCUAAAAACUCUCGAUUUGGGUAAGAACCAUAUCAAAUCAGUGACAAAUGCAUCUUUUGAAGGCUUAGAAAUGCUGUUUGGACUGCGAUUAGUCGAUAAUCAUUUAGUGAAUAUUUCUAGAGACGCAUUCUCAACAUUACCUUCUUUGCAAGUUUUAAAUUUAGCAUCUAACAAAAUAAAAUACGUUGAACAGAGUGCUUUUUCCAGUAAUCCAACUUUGAAAGCUAUCAGAUUAGAUGCUAAUGAACUGACUGAUAUCAGCGGUGUAUUUACGAAUUUAAAGACGUUGGUAUGGUUAAAUGUUUCUUCAAAUAAAUUAUUGUGGUUCGAUUUUAGUCAUCUUCCUGUAAGUUUAGAGUGGCUAGAUAUGCACGAUAAUCAAGUUCCAGAAUUAGCAAACUAUUACGAUGUAAGAAACAAUUUAAAAAUAAAAAUGUUAGAUGCCAGUUUUAAUUUAAUAACAGAAAUAAAAGAAAAUGCAGUGCCAGAUAGUGUCGAAACGUUAUUUUUGAAUAAUAACAAGAUUAGUAAAGUUCAUGUCAAUACUUUUAAUAAUAAGAAAAAUUUGGAGAAAGUUGUGCUAUACGGUAAUGAAAUCAGAUUUUUGGAUUUAGCAGCUUUAAGUUUAAAUCCUGUUACCGAUGAUAAAGAUUUGCCACAAUUUUACAUCGGUGAUAAUCCUUUUUACUGUGAUUGUAAGAUGGAGUGGCUGUUGAGAAUCAAUCAUUUAAGUAAUUUACGGCAGUAUCCUCAAGUGUUAGAUAUGGAUUCUGUGACUUGUGAAUUGGCACAUAAUCGGGGAUCGCCUCCACAACCGCUACUAUCAUUGAAACCGUCAAAUUUUUUGUGCCCGUACGAAGCCCAUUGUUUUCCAGUGUGCCACUGUUGUGAUUUUGACGCCUGUGAUUGUGAGAUGACGUGCCCAGAUAAAUGUACUUGCUUCCACGACCACACGUGGACCUCGAACGUUGUGGAUUGCAGUAACGCAGGCUAUAAAACCGUCCCUGAAAAAAUUCCGAUGGACGCCACUGAAAUCUACCUGGACGGUAACGACCUCGGUGACUUAGGCAGUCACGUUUUUAUUGGAAAGAAAAAAUUAGAGGUUUUGUAUUUGAAUAACAGCAACGUUAAAGCGCUGCAUAAUAGAACGUUCAACGGAGCCAAUUCCCUGAAAAUCCUCCACAUGGAAAACAAUAAAUUGGCGGAAUUACGUGGAUUCGAGUUCGAUCAGUUAGAAAACAUUAACGAAUUAUAUUUGGACCAUAAUGAUAUCGGUUACGUGGGUAAUAAUACGUUUAAAAGUAUGCAUAAACUCUCAGUGUUGAAAUUGGAUGAGAACAAAAUCGUGGACUUUAUCCCUUGGGAGUUGAAUACCGAUUCUCCCUCCGAUUCUCAUCCACGUGUUACUCUCGACGGCAACAGGUGGUCCUGCGAUUGCAAUUCUCUAAAUCGUUUGGUAUCGUGGAUUCGCGAGACGGGCGGCGAUCCAACAAAAAUGCUGUGUGCGGAUACAUCUGAAACGGUCGCGAGCAUCAUAAGCCGUUGCGAGGACAUGGACAAUGCGAUUGCAACAUCGGUUAUACAGCGCGAAGUUAUGAAAAACCACCAAUUAUUCGGGGGCGGUAGUUACGUUCCCCUGCUAGCCGCUACCCUUGUAGCCGUCAUCGUCGUUUGUUUGCUGGUAGCUAUAAUUUUCGUUUUUCGUCAAGAAGUACGACUGUGGGCGCACUCCAAGUACGGUGUACGGAUUUUUCAAGAUGGAGUUGGUGUAAAUGAUGGUAUGGACGACAGAGACAGACUGUAUGACUGUUAUAUGGUUUACAGUCAUAAAGAUGAUGAUUUGGCUAGUGGCGUUGUUGCACCUUUGUUGGAGCAAUUGGGACAUACGAUGUGUCUGCAUUAUAGAGACCUACACCUAGUAGGCGGCGCCUCCUAUCUAGCCGACGCCAUGGUCGGAGCUGCCGAUGCUUCACGAAGAGUAGUCUUCGUAGUUUCGCCUCUUCUCAUCCACAACGAAUGGUCUCGGCCAGAGUUUCGGGCCGCUCUCCAAGCAGCUCUACGAACAGCAUAUCGCAACAAGCUGAUCUGUAUCCUACGCGGCGAUCCUUUGGAGCCCAUGGAUCCUGAGUUGAGAGCCUUACUAAGAGCCUGCACAGUUACCAGGUGGGGCGAGAGGAGGUUCUGGGAGAAACUGAGAUAUGCAAUGCCCGAUGUGGUGCAUAACUCAACCGCUAGGAGGAAUAAGAAGCCUCCUGAGAUUAGAUGUAAACCUCCAACUAGAUACACUCCGGCACCCACAGCUCACGACUCCUGGUGCAAAUACCAACCCAUGCCAGGAGUGCACGCCGUAGCUUUGACUCCGACGCCUACUCAGAGUACUUACGUGUCAGGAGAAAGUGCUAGGAGUACGGAAGACGAGGCGGGAUCGAGUUCCAGUAGUCAGCAUUAUGGUUCUGAACAGUUGAAUCAUAGUUACGUGUCUAUAGACGGUCGACCGCCAGUUUAUAGCCAGUUUCCUCCAUGCAGAAGCGAAAUACCCCAUCACGUGUAUUCGACUAUACCGGAUGCGCCCCCUCAAUCUAGGACUUAUUUUGUUUAAUUGCGGAGUGUGAGGGGGGAGUUAGGUAAUAAUUCAAGUAUGGAGCGCAGUUGUGAAGUGGGAUUAAAAGUGUUUUAAAUGAUAAUUUAAAAAAACCAAAGUAAUAUACUAAUUGAAAAUUUAUUCAAAAACGAAACUAUUUUCUGAAAUAAAAUUACAAUAGUAUUUAAUAUAUUUUUACCCCUCAUUAUAACUGGCUCUCAAUUUAAUAAGGCUGUUUUUACUUACUCUAUUGCGUGAAUUUUUAUCUCAUAAAUUUAUAGCAUUUUCGAAUGUUCUAGAUAUCGAUUACUAUGUAAUAUAGUAAAUUAUUAUGUAUAUUUUGUAAAUAUUUUCACAAAAUUAUAUUUAUUUG